ACAGCAUACGUCGCACGAGUGGCUGCGCUUAGAAACGGCAGAGUACAGUUAAAGUUUAUGGAGCAGAUAGCGGGUCGGGAGGGAAGCGGGACCGUGUUUUCGGACCCUUCUUGAGGCGGAUUCGGCAGUUCUGAGGAAGCAAGACAAUUCAUUCCGCCUCGUUUAAGCCAAAACCAAGAACCUUUGAGCUUUUCGUUUUUGGACUUUUUCCGUGUGGGACCGCCAAGUGGACAGAGGUAGAGGGGCAUAGCGGUCUGGGUGGGGUAUGGGAAGCAAUCGGGUCUUGUGGGUUUCAGGGAGCAGAUGCGUCAUUUAGGUUCUCUAGGCCAUAAUCGGAGACCUGGACUUGAUACGGAAGGCUAUAAGACCUCUUACGGAAAGCUACGGGCAGCCAGAAUCGAGAGACGAGGAGGGGAGAUGCAUGGGAAGACUUCGACUCCCAGCGGUCCCACCUCUCCUCCUUCACCAUGAAGCUGAUGGACAAGUUCCACUCCCCCAAGAUCAAGCGGACGCCGUCGAAGAAGGGGAAGCAGCUGCAGCCAGAGCCGGCGGUCAAGGAUACCGAAAAACCUGUUAAUAAGAAGGUGAGCCGCCUGGAGGAGCACGAGAAGGAGGUGGUCAGCGCUCUGCGCUACUUCAAGACUAUAGUGGACAAGAUGGUGGUGGACAAGAAGGUUCUGGAGAUGCUCCCAGGCUCUGCCAGCAAGGUGUUGGAGGCCAUCCUGCCACUGGUCCAGGUGGAGCCCAGGAUACAGCACAGCUCGGCGGUGUCCUCCUGCCUCAACCGUGUCUACCAGAGCCUGGCCAACCUCAUCCGUUGGUCUGACCAGGUCAUGUUGGAGGGCGUCAACUUGGAGGACAAGGAAACCAUCGUAACUGUGACCGCUGUGAUAAAAGCAGUGUUGGAUGGUGUGAAGGAGCUGGUAAAGCUGACCAUAGAGAAGCAGGAGCAACCAUCUCCUGCAUCUCCUGUCAAGCCUGUGCCGCCCGUGGCGAAGCCUGAGAGCAUUGCAGAGCUGCCUCUCAAUGACAGGGAUAAGGAGAUCCUGAGCAAAACUACGGUGGUGGCCCAGCCAGUGGAGGCGCUGGCGGAUACUGUGGACGAGGAGGUGGCUCCUCCCAAGCCCCCGCUGCCUGGACUGAAGGUGGCAGAGCACAGAGUGCAGUGGAGCGCUGAGCCCCAGGUCGGCACACAGCGGAGGGCCACGCAGCCAGAAAACCCCCCAGCUCUUCCACCGAAAAAGCGCCAGUCUGCCCCUUCCCCCACCCGGGUGGCAGUGGUCGCCCCUAUGAGUCGGACUACGAGCGGCUCCAGCCUUCCUAUUGGGAUAAACAAACAGGAGUACGACCUGGAGUACUUGCAGCGUCGUUUCUCGGGCGGCAGCCACUCGUACGGCGGCGAGUCGCCCCGUCUGUCCCCUUGCAGCAGCAUGGGCAAGCUGAGCAAGUCGGACGAGCAGCUGUCGUCCCUGGAGCAGGACAGCGGGCAGUGCUCGCGCAACACCAGCUGCGAGACGCUGGACAACACGGAAAACUACGACCCUGACUAUGACUUCCUGCACCAGGACCUGUCCAGUACCGACCACAUCCCGUCCAUGCCAACGGGGGGCUGCCUGAGCCCCCUGCCGGAGUCUCACAGCGAAUCGUCGUCGCCGGGCCUCGCCCACCAGCCCACCCAGCCCUGCUUCGGCUCCCCGGCCGGCCCGCCUACGUCCGAGCCGUGGAGUCCCCGGGCCGCCUCGGCGGCACCGGCUCCGCCCGCCCUGCCCCAGAAGAAGCGCCGUAGCGCUGCGUCUCAGGCCUCCGGCUCCUUCGACGGCUCUGCCUUCCGCGUCUCCUACGAGCGCCACCCGUCCCACUACGACAACAUCAGCGAGGAGGACAUGCAGGCCGUGCCACCCUUCCCCUUGUUCACGCCUAAUUCGCCCAUGCCCCAGAGCAACGGCGGAGGUUUUAUGGCUGACUUCAUCGCCAGCGACGGUGCCGAGAUCCCAGAAAGCCCACCUCCGCUUCCCGAGAAAAAGAGCCGUCACAUCCUGCAGUACAUGCAGUUUGUGGAGGACUACUCGGAGCCGCAGCCCUCGGUCUUCUACCAGACGCCACAGAGCGAGAGCAUCUACGAGCAGCGCAACCGCCGCUUCCAGGAGGUGUAUGGCUUCAACGACUCCUUCAGCAGCACCGACUCGGUCCACGAGCCCGUGCCGCCUCCUGCCCUGCCGCCCAAGCAGAGACAGCUGGCCUCGCACUCUGCUUCUCCUUCCUCCUCCACCUCCUCCUCUCUCUCCUGCCACCUCCAGCCCUCGGCGGCGGCAGCGGAGGAGGCCGGCGCCGCGCUCUCCCUCAGCCUGUCAGUCUCUAACUCCUUCCUGAGCGGCCACUCCUCCUUGACCACGCCCACGAGCUCGGACCUUAUGGCGCCGGCCAACUGCAGCCGGUCCGUCGAUCCCGGGGUCGUGGCCAACGGUUCCCUGGACGGCUCUGGGGGCUCUCUCGCAGCCUGCCUUCCUUCUGACUCCUCUCUCGCUGACUCUCUCCAGCCCUCUGUGAGCGAGAGCGCUAACGACGAGGGCGGGGAAGGGGAGUACGUCAAUCUGUACUCAUCCAGCCAGGCCAACGGGAAGCUGCCGCUCUCCCACGGAGAUCCCGCCGUCAGCACCGAUGAUGCGCUUCACGAGGCCGUCCCUCAGAACCCCUCAGCCAGCGGCAAGGAGGCUUUAAACAUGGAAAGCAGGAGGCAAAAGUCCACGGACUCGGGGCAGAGCGAGGAGGAGGUGGAUGAGCUCUCCCUCAUCGACCACAAGGAGAUCAUGUACCGUAUAACACUAAAGCAGGAGAACGACGACGGUCCAGAUGUCCGAGCGGGAUCGGGAGACAUUUUACUAGUCCACGCAACCGAAACAGAUCGCAAAGACCUUGUUUUAUACUGCGAGGCUUUCCUAACAACCUACAGGACGUUCAUAACCCCCGAAGACCUUAUAAAAAAGCUACACUAUCGAUACACGAGGUUUUGCCACAGCCCAGACACUUUCAAGAAGCGAGUCAGCAAAAACACUUUCUUCGUGCUGGUUCGAGUGGUGGAUGAGCUUUGUCUGGUGGAGUUAACAGACGACAUCCUGAAGCAGCUAAUGGAUCUCGUGUUCCGACUCGUGUGCAACGGGGAGCUGAGCCUGGCCCGGGUCCUGCGCAAGAACAUUCUGGACAAAGUGGAACAGAAGAAGAUGAUGCGCUACACCAACUCCCUCAAGCCACUGGCCGCUCGUGGGGUGGCUGCCAGGCCAGGGACCCUCCAUGACUUCCGCAGUCAUGAAAUUGCCGACCAGCUCACUCUCCUGGAUGCCGAGCUCUUCUACAAGAUUGAGAUUCCUGAAGUGCUGCUAUGGGCAAAGGAGCAGAAUGAGGAGAAGAGCCCCAAUCUGACCCAAUUCACUGAGCACUUUAACAACAUGUCCUACUGGGUGCGAUCCAUAAUCAUCCAGCAGGAAAAAGCCCAAGAUCGGGAAAAGCUGCUUCUUAAGUUCAUUAAAAUUAUGAAGCAUUUACGAAAGCUGAAUAAUUUUAACUCGUAUUUGGCAAUACUGUCGGCGCUGGAUUCUGCGCCUAUUAGAAGACUGGAAUGGCAAAAACAAACCUCAGAGGGCUUGGAGGAGUACUGCACCUUGAUUGACAGCUCCUCCUCUUUCCGGGCAUAUCGAGCAGCACUGGCAGAAGUGGAACCUCCAUGUAUACCAUACCUAGGCCUCAUCCUGCAGGAUCUGACAUUUGUCCAUCUGGGGAACCCUGACCUAAUAGAUGGAAAGGUGAACUUCUCCAAAAGAUGGCAGCAGUUCAAUAUCCUGGACAGCAUGAGGCGUUUCCAGCAAGUGCACUACGAUCUGAAGCGCAACGAUGAAAUCGUCUCCUUCUUCAACGACUUUAGCGACCACCUGGCAGAGGAGGCCCUGUGGGAGCUAUCACUGAAGAUCAAGCCAAGGAACAUUACGAGACGCAAGACGGAGCGUGAGGAGAAGACCUAGGGAAGCGGCACGGCUUCCCGGAGCCCCCCAAGGGGGCAAAAGACCAGGACGUACACUUUAAGAGACAAAAAAAGAAAAAACUGAGUGAAUUGGGGGGAAAAAAAAACUGUGACGGCAGCUAAGAAAAACAGAAACUGGGAAACGUGUCUGUUACAGUUUACAGGAACUUUUACUUUUUUAAAUUUGUGUGGGAUUGUGCUGUGCCUCAGACUUGGCCACUAGACUGGUGGGAACGGAGGGUUGGCUCAGAGCACAAAAAAAGCAGGAGGCUACCAGAGGGAGACGUCUGGGUUUUCCACAGGCUUCUUUCACAUUGUGUCCUACCCAUUUCAGCCUGCGUUUGUUCUGUGCAUUUCCGGAACUGUCCGGCAACUGUCCUCGCUCAAGAUGCCCGAGAGCCCAAGAUGCCUGCCUUCCCGUGGAUAUAUCCCCUUUCGCCCUUCUCGCGUGCCACGCCGAGGUUCUCCUCACGCUUGUCCUGCUCGGUUUCCAUUUUCCACAGUGGACUGCUGCUGGAACCGCCCCAGACUGCGAUCCCUCCGUGCCACGACCGAACAAUGAAAACCGGGUGGUACUGAACCUUGUCGGUGGUGGCCUGCAGGGACGAGGAAAGUGAAAAAGUUGCUGGCUGUUGGUAGGGGACAAGACAGAUGGAGUUGGUGUCCUACAAUAAACACAUGAUACCCGGUUUCAAAGGUUUUUUUUGAAACUCUUCAUCUACAGACUGUCCGCGUUAUAAUGCAUUUCUCCUUUCGUUCUUUAAAAAGUGUGAGCGUGGUAAGCAAUGUAUCUUACCCCCUCGAAAGUGCAAUAUGGAUUUGCACUUAAAAAAGUAAAAAUGCUGUGAUCCAUGUUAAUUCCAUCAUGUCAGUGAGGCAAAAAAUGAAUUAUGAACAGUAAAUCAAAAGGCAAUAAGACUCCUGUUCUGUGAAGUUCCAUCCCUUCUCUUCAUCUCUGCCUUGUUUGAUUGAUGGGGAGAAGAAGAGGGCAGCGCCACCCUGCUCUUCUCUCGCCAGCCAAACUGUUUAAGCCAUGACUCUCUGUAGGAAUGGGUCUUUCUUUGACUGGGAUCCAAAGAAGAAAGAGGUCCAUUCAGAGAGAACUUGUCUCAUCCUGUAACAUACCACAUACUACAUCAACUCCCCAGUUACUCCGUAGGAAGUCCAGCUCUGCCUAUACACACAUCACACUGUGCGUUCUGCAUUCGAAUAAAAUAUUCAGCAAUA